AUGCCACAGUACCAGACCUGGGAGGAAUUCAGCCACGUGGCUGAGAAGUUCUACCUCGCCGAUCCCAUGAAGGCACAUGUGGUUCUCAAAUAUAGGCACUCAGAUGGGAAUCUGUGUAUCAAAGUAACAGAUGAUUUAGUUUGUCUGGUAUACAGGACAGACCAGGCUCAAGAUGUAAAAAAGAUUGAGAAAUUCCAUAGUCAGCUAAUGCGACGGAUGGUAGCUAAGGAAUCCCGAAGUGCUGCCAUGUAAACAGAUUGAAUGGUUUGAAGUGAAAGCUCUG